CCUCGCCUCACGCAAAUCUCACACCGACUACAUAGCGAGAGUGCGGCUUCACCUUUUAGUGAGAGCAUCGUGGGACAUUAGAAGAGUUUUACAGAACAUUCACAGGCAUGGAAAGUGUAGGAUCCAAACAAGGUUCACUUCCAAAGGACGACACUGAGAAGAAGAAGAGUGAAUCUUUAUUUCAACGCUUUUUCAAGAGUUCACCUGUCAUAGAUGAAGAGGUCGAGCCACCCCCAACGCCUCUGAUUGAAAAACCAUGGAGGAAUCAGGAAUUUAGCUCAAAUGUAAGGAAUAAACUUCUAAAAGAAAUUCGAGAAUACCAGACUGUGACAGAGUUGGUGAAACAGCCCAGAAUCCUCCUGAUCGGGCAGAUUGGAUGUGGUAAAAGCAGCUUCUUCAACUCGGUGAACAGUAUCUUCAGAGGUCAUGUCAUACUGCAGGCCACAGCUGGGUUUGGAGACACCAGUGUAAGCAAACUGUACCGGACGUAUCCAAUUCAUGAUGGAAAAGGUGGGAAGAAGCUGCCGUUCAUCCUGUGUGACACCAUGGGCCUGGAAGGAAGUUCUGACGAGGCAGGAAUCCAUGUGGACGACAUCAUCAGUGUCAUUAACGGGCACGUCCCAGACCAAUAUGAGUUCAAUCCCAAAGUACCAAUUUCAGAUAAAUUCAAAUGCUACAGAGAGAAGCCCAGUCUGGCUGAUAAGGUGUAUUGCAUCGUCUAUGUUGUGGAAGCAAGCAAAGUCAGCCUCAUUAAUCAAGUUCUGCUGAAGAAGUUUAAGUUCAUCCAGUCCAACGUGAACAACAAGGGGAUUCCUCAGUUUGUGAUGAUCACUAAGAUAGACGACGCCUGCACAGAAGUUGCAAACGAUCUGACCAAAGUGUACCAAAGCCGCUACAUUUAUGAGAAGGUAACUCAGCUGGCACAGGUGUUGGGAGUUCCCCUCUCUGCCAUCUCCCUGGUUAAGAACUACGCUGUAGAUUUUGAGCUCAACCUCAAUAUGGACAUUUUGAUCCUGACGGCCCUCCAGCAGAUGCUAAGAGCUGCUGACGCCUGCUUAGAUGAAAUGACGCAGAGAGGCCUCACCCAGGAGAGCAGCUCUUAUGAGACCAGCCAUGUUGUAGAGUUUGGAGACGCAACAGAAAGACAGGAGGAAGAGCUGGAGGUGGCGGAGAUGAAGACGCUGCGACUUUCACUCAGAGUGAAGAGGGUGGAGAAGAUUAGGAAUGAGGGUACCGUCAUGUCUUCUGUUAUUCCACGUCUGGACAAGCAGAUGGAGAAGCAGCUCCUCUCCCUAUUUAAGGGGCAUGUUAAGUUCAGCCUGCUCUACAAGGGCAGCCUGCAUGGCUUCAGUGUGUCUGAAAUAGGCAAGAAGAGCAUCAAGCAGGGUUACAUCAUGAUGGUGGGCUACUUGGAGGAUGACGUCAUAGUGGGAGGCUGCACAGGUCAGUGGCUCACAGGUCAGUGGUACACAGGUCAGAGCAGAACAUUCCAGGAUAAAAAGGCCGUUUACUUCUCCAUUGAGCAGUCUGAAGUCACUUGGACCCCCGUGGAGUCUGUCACAAUCACAAACAACGAAAUCAGCUUUGAGAAUGGCCUGAAGUUCCAUGAGUCCAAAACAUACACUUCAAAACUAUUUGUCACUGGAGUUGACCUGGAAAAAGAAGAAAAAGUCAUGCAAGAGCUGGAGGUGUACCGGGUGGAAGACCUCGGCGACCUGCUGGACUCCCCCUGGCGAGAGCUGUGCUGGGAUGAAGAGAUGAGUGACCAACUGAAAAACUCCAUCAUUUACUACAAGCCUCCCCUCAAUUUGGUCUCCAAGGCAAGGGUCCUGCUUGUGGGCCCUGUGGGUGCAGGCAAGUCGAGUUUCAUCAGCUCGGUGGGCUCUGUUUUUUAUGGCUCGGUUGCCCUCCAGGCGAUGGUGGGCACGGCAGCGCAGAGUUUUACAAACAUGUUUAGAUCAUACAACAUCAAAGCUUCACAAAGUGACAAGGAGAACCCGCUGGUUCUGUGCGACAUGAUGGGAUUGGGAGAAGAAGACCUGCCAGGGGUGAAGGUGAACGACGUGCUGCAGGCGGUGAAGGGGCACGUGCCCGAGGGGUACAAGUUCAACCCGUCUGAAGCCAUUGGCAGUGACACCAGCGGGUACAUCAGAGCACCGGGCAUAACAAACAAAAUCGCCUGUGUGGCCUUUGUGGUCGAUGCCAGAAAAGUGCUGACCUAUCCUGAUGACAUCCAGAAAGGGCUGAAGGAGCUGCGGCUGAAGAUCCGAGACCUUGGGGUACCACAGGUGGCUCUGCUGUCUCACAUUGAUGAGGUCUGCCACGCCGUCGAUAAGGAUGUGAGUCGUGUUUAUCUGAGCCGACACAUCCAAGACAAGGUGACCGCCGCUGGUAAUCUGCUCGGCCUGCCCGUCUCCUGCAUCGUCCCAGUGAAGAACUACUCAUCUGAGCUGGAGUUGGACUGCAGCACCGACAUCCUGAUCCUCAACGCCCUGGAGCUCAUCCUGCGAUACGCUGAUUUGUUUUACGAGGAUUACGACUUUUUCAAAGCCAUUCACUCUGAGAACCCACCCAGUGAGGGCACUUUACUCCGCCCAUUGAGGGCACUUUGCCCCGCCCUCUCAAGUCCGUGUAAAAGAAGAAGCUCGGCUGCCCAGAAGGAGGCGUCAUUUACAAGCAGAGCAGCCCACCAGCUGGAGCUCCUGUGA